AAUUAAUUGCUAUAGUAAAAUCUUAUUUUUCUUAUCUUGUGUAGCAUUCUUAUUCCAUUUUUUUCUCUGUUUUUUAAAAGUGUGUGGCUGUGGAGUGAAUGUCAUCUUCCAUCUCAUCAUGGGAAUACCACCUGCUUUAAAACCACACACACCUGCCAGGUAAAACACAUCUGGUACACAAUGUACACACACUACCAAGCUUGUACUGCCUGAUGUCAUGCUGUCACGUCGGUGUUAGUAUUUGCAAUCCUAGGCUUAAUUCACCACAGUUAAUUGGCUUGGCUGAAAUUUUGCAGGCAACCUUGAGCAUAUCUGCAGGCUACAUCUCUUGUCUCUACAUCCAGUACUGAGGUUAACGCAGCCGCUAUAAUCAGAGUGUCCCUGGCUGGUAUACCACACACUGGUUUCUGGGUCACUUCUCAGCCCUCUGAGAGAGCCCUAUCCAAAUGAGCAACAGAGGAAGGCAGAGAGAGAGCGGAUGGGAGAGAGAGAGAGAGAGAGAGAGAGAGAAGCAAAGGUAUUUAUAGAAAAAUGGGGCUUCGCAGUACCUUUUCUUGCAAAGAACCAUUUCAGGACCGUGUUAGUGUGUCCCAGUUUUCUGAUCACCACUCAGCCAUAGGGUUUGGACUGAGGCUGAGACUGGACCACCUCACCCAGGAUGAAGAGCCUGACUUUCAGACACUAUACCCUCUUCACCGGCCUCCCUUUCCUUAGCUGCAGACUGCUGGUUCUCUGAUUGAGAACAGAGGGAGGCAUUGGCCCAGAUAACCUACAGAUGUGACCUUUUAGGUGCACUUGUUUUGCCUAGCUGGGUGAAGGCUUUUGGCACCAGUGAGCUCAGGUAAGGAGCAGCACAAAGGUGUCCGAGGGCACUCUUUGGCUGCAUCAACCUCCAGGCCGGGGGCGAAGAGAGGCUGGCUGGAACGUGCCCUGCCGCAAGCCGGGCGAGGAUGAGGCGUUUCCUGAGCAGAAAGGGCCGCUUCUCCCUGCGCCAGAGCAAGUCUGGUACCCGGAGUGCCUCUAAAGAUUUCUACCUCGGCCUCCCAGCCACCAAUCAGAACUGGCCUGAGGCAUUUGGCUUCCGAUUAGGUGGCACUGGGCCCAGCUACAUCCUGUCUGUGGUGGAGGGCAGUAGUGCCUACCUGGCUGGCCUGCAGCCCGGGGACCAAGUGGUGGACAUUGAGGGCCAGGAUGUGACCAACCUCAGCACACCGGCUCUGAUCGCUCUGGCUCAGACCCUCAAGACGGUACCACCCAGCAUCGGAGUGGUGUCACGGAUUGAACAGAUUGACAUCGCUCCUGGCCCAGAUGGCCGUUUUGGGUUCACCAUCGUUGGAGACAGCCCUCUGAUGGUGGAGGACUGCAUGCCCAACGGUCCUGCUGGACGCAAUGGCCUCAAGGCUGGGGACUACGUCAUGGAGGUCAACGGCAUCCCAGUGAAGCAUCAUGAAACGGCAGCGGCCAUGAUCAAAGCAGCUCAGGGUCGGCCUCUGCGUCUGGGCGUGCUCAGUAUGGCCCGGCGGCCCAAGCGACUGAGCAGCAGCAUGAGGGUGUUGUCGCAGAGCGGGGACAGCAUCAGGGAGAGUCGUGCCCACAAGGCCAUGGAGUUCAAUAAGAAAGUGGAGGAAGUGCUAGGAGAGGAGCUAGAUGUGAAGGAACAUCUGUUUGAGGUGCUCAAGCAGUACGCUGCUGAGAGGGAUGUGGAGACUCUGGCUGAGGCCCUGCCCGACAUCUUGAUCACAGAGGAACAUCAACAGCUGAUUGACAGCGUCAGGAUCUUCAUUCCCAAGAAGCACCGGGAGCGUUUUGACGAGGUGGUUUCCCAGAGCCUGAUGAGCCGGCUCAAAGGGCGGAGCUUCAGUGACCCUAGCCGCAACCACCUUCGCCGCAGCCGGAGUGAGGAUCACCCCGAACGCCUCCUGGUCUCCACCCGUGCCAGUUCAGUGCCACGCACCCAAGCAGAGGAAGGCAUGGUCCCCCCUGCCCGCGGCAUGCGCAAGACCACCUCACUCAUAGCUGGACACUCCAGUGGCACCACCACCAACUGUAGGACAGUGAGAGUGUGUAAGGGUAACACAAGUUUUGGCUUCACUCUUAGAGGCCACGCUCCAGUGUGGAUUGACUCUGUCAUCCCUGGAAGCCCAGCAGACAAGGCAGGUCUAAAACCAGGAGACCGCAUCCUGUUUCUCAAUGGACUGGACAUGAGGACCUCAUCCCAUGAGAAGGUGGUGUCCAUGCUCCAGGGCAGUGGUGCCAUGCCCACUCUGGUAGUGGAGGAUGGUCCCCCUACUUUCACCCUGUCAGAGCAGGACCUCGCAGGGGGUGGUGUUCCCACAGAGCGUUCCCGCUCACCUGUGCUCAGCUCCCUGCAGUGGGUGGCAGAGAUUCUGCCCCCCAGUAUCCGGGUUCAGGGCCGCACCUUCGGACAGCAGCUGGAGCACCUGCUGACCAUCCAGGAGAGGUACACCAUCUGCAAGUCUCUGGAGAACUUCUUCCAGCACAGGAAUGUUGACACUCUGAUCGUGGAUGUGUUCCCGGUGCUGGAUACUCCAGCCAAACAGGUGAUCUGGCAGUUUGUUUACCAGCUGCUGACGUAUGAGGAACAGGAGCACUGCCAGAGCAAGAUCUCACGCUUUCUUGGAUACAAAGCGCCAGUUCCACCACCACCACCACCUCCUCCCCCUCCUCCAGAGCCCGAGGUUGCCCCCGAGCCCCAUCGACGUAGCAGCUCCAUGAGGGUGACAGGGACCACGUACAGGAGCAGUGUGAGGGGACGUAGCUCUGACGACCUGGUCAUUGGCACACACUUGGGCCAGGGCUUCCGUGCAGAGAUGCUGCUGGAGACAGGGAUGAGGUUGGCUCCAGGAGAGAGACAGUCAGGAGAUGGUACUUCCCUUCCUGAGACUCCCAACAACCUCACCAAUCUGUCAGCGGUGUACGCUGAACUGGAGAACAUGUAUUCAACCAAGAGGUCCAAGUCUCUGAAGAGUCGUGCUCCUCCUGCUCCCGAAAGUUUGCUGGAUCUGGAGCCUCCCUCGCGCACAGCCUCCCCUACAAUACAUGCUAACACAGGUAGCCGUAAAGGCCCCCCAACCCCUACAUCAUGGCCAGAGCCUCUCCCCAGCCCCCCUACACCCCAGUUCUAUCCAUCAGGGCUGACAAGCCAGACCAGUGGUGAGUCCAACCCCUACAUUAGCCUAGACAGUCCCCCUCCGUCACCUCCAGAGCCCUCUGACUUCCCAUCUAGUCCCCCCACCCACCGCAGCAACAAGCGGCGUUACACCUUCUCCAAACCACCACGCUCAGAAGACACAGAUCGCUUUCUGGAUGCACUGAGCGAGCAACUGGGACAGAGAGUGGCCAUCAUUGAUGACUUCCUGUCUCCGGAGAAUGACUACGAGGAGAUGGGCUUCCCAGAUGAGGAGGAUGAGGAUAAUGAAGAGGAGUUGGGGGUAGACGAGGAUGAAAAUGGAGGAUUUGUGGCUCCAGAGCUCAGCAGCCCGAGUGAUGUUCAAAGCAGCAGUGGAGAAGAGAAUGCCUCCUCCCUCACUUACUCUUCCUCCUCCGACCACAUCCCUCCACCCCCAAUGACCCCUCCACCACCCCCUCCUGUUCAGUUCAAUGACCCUCCUCCUCCCCCUCCACAAUCCCAUGGCCAAAGCCAGCCUCAGUCCCUCCCCCACUCGCUAUCUGACCCUUCAGAGCACCUGGAGCCCCCUCCGCCUCCACCUCUGCCGCCACCCUGCUCCCCUCCACCCUUGCCCAGGCCUUCACUCUCCAGGAUGGACUCCAACCACAUGAGUGUGAAGAGGCUGCGCUGGGAGCAGGUGGAAAACUCAGAGGGGACUAUCUGGGGACAGUUGGGAGCCAAUUCUGACUAUGACAAACUGCAUGACAUGGUGAAGUAUCUGGAUCUGGAGCUGCACUUUGGGACACAGAAGAGCUCCAUGCCUGUUCCAGAGCCAUCCCAUGUGCUAGAAACCUUUAAGAAGAAAGAUGUGAUUGAAAUUCUGUCCCAUAAAAAGGCCUACAAUGCCUCCAUCCUGAUAGCCCACCUAAAACUGUCUCCUGGUGAGCUGCGUCAGAUACUGAUGAACAUGGUCAGUGAUAGGCUGGAGCCAGCCCACAUCAAACAGCUGCUACUCUAUGCCCCCGAUGCAGAGGAGGUAAAAAAGUACGAAGAAUAUAGACAGGACCCCAGCAAACUCAGUGAGCCAGACCAGUUUGUCUUGCAGAUGUUAUCAGUACCAGAGUACAAGACCCGCCUGCAGAGCCUCCUCUUCAAGUGUUCUCUACAGGAGAAGACGGAGGAGUUGAGGGGAGCAUAUGACUGUCUCUACAAGGCUUCAAUGGAGCUGAAGACAAGCAAGAAGCUGGCUAAGAUACUAGAGUUUGUGUUGGCGAUGGGGAACUACUUGAAUAACAGCCAGCCUAAAACCAACAAGACUACAGGCUUCAAGAUCAACUUCCUUACAGAGUUGAGCACAACUAAAACAGUGGAUGGGAAGUCAACAUUUCUACAUAUUCUGGUCAAGUCGUUAUGUCACCACUUCCCUGAUGUUUUGGAUUUUUCCAAAGAUUUAACCAUGGUUCCUCUUGCUGCCAAAGUAAACCAGAGGACUAUCACAUCAGAUCUGAAUGACCUUCAUACAACUAUCCAGGACAUUCGCUCAGCCUGUCAGAAGAUGCCUGUGACUGCUGAGGACCGCUUUGCUGUCGCCAUGAGUAACUUCCUGGAAAACAGUCAUCCAGCACUCCAGUCUCUGGAUUCCCUGCAACAGAGAGCUAUGGAGGAAUUCAGCAAAACUGCAUCUUUCUUUGGAGAAGACGGCAAAGGCACAAACACUGAGGCCUUCUUUGGUAUCUUUGCUGAGUUCAUUGGCAAAUUUGAGAAAGCUCUCAAUGAUCAGCAAGCUGCAGAAAACCAGAAGAGUCCCAGAAGUCCACGAAUGGCCUCCCCACUGGCCUGGUAACACACACAGAUGCAGAUGACUACAUACAGUAGUUCAUACAGUACACACACAUGUCCACAGACACAUUCACAUUCACAUAUACUGUAUAUACAUGCACAAACACAUACACACCACUCAAUGCACAAUUUUGAGCAAAAAAAACAAGGUUUUGUGUGUUUAUGUGUUUUUGGUAAAAUGAAGAGAGGGAAGCUUUGACAUGAGGCAAAAAUAAAUGUCUUUUGCAUCAGGAUGGACGAUUUAGCUUUAUACCAGUGGUAUAGUAUAUACUAUAUAUCAUUUAAAAACAAGUUUUUGCUGAAGUCUAAAACUUUAAUUUCUACAAUAAGACUGCCACAUAGAAAACAACCCUGUGUUUGUUUGUCUGUCAAGGUAUCUCUACUAUUUGAAAGACAGUUACUCAGUAACAUCCUGUAGUUGAAGUUUUCUUUCUCUAAGCCUGAGUGUAAGUGUGCUAUUCCAAUUCUACAGUAAAAUCUUUGUUUUAUGUAUUCAUGAAUAAGUCAUAGAUUUAACAAAAAUGAAUUUUAUCCUGAAAUAGAUAUUAAAUUACUUUAAUUAACAUUCUCUUGGUGGUUUGGAAGAAAAACCAGAAAAUCAGUUUUCCUAUUAAUUUACAUGUUGUGUAUUUUUGUAAACCGCCCACCACACUGAAUGUAACAUAAGUUCUUUACUGACUUAUUUUCUCAAGUAAAUACUCAUCGAAAUCAUCUGUCUUGAUGACAGGUUGUUUCAUGUUCUGCUUUGUAUCUAUGCCUCACUGUCAGCGGAUUUUCCAAAUCCAUACCAUGUCAGUUAUAGCCAUAUCAUUUCUUUUUUUCUAAAUGGUAUUGUUCUAACCUCUAAUGUUAUUAACGUGAAUAUAUGAGACAACAUCAGUGCAAAGUUGGCACCUACUAUUUGUUUUUAUAAAAGACAAUUUUAACUGUUCCAAGGAUACUUUUUCACCGGUUCACACUCACACUAAGUAGAAGUGGGAUGAUGUGGCGCUAACAGCGGGCAGUGUGCAAUAUGUGAAUGUUGUGUUCCACUGUUGGAUAUUAUACUAAACAUUAUUAUACUGUAUGAAACUAUAACAACAUUAUAUUGUGGCUGUAUUGUACAGAAUGAGAGUGGAUAUAAAUAAAACAGAUACAAAUGUUACAAUAUAUGAAGCACUUUGUAACUUUCAUGUGUUACCCAAAUAUUUCUUUUAUUGAUUGUGUCAUUGGACCGACCAUAAAGUUAUACCGCUCAGAGGACAGCAAUGUCAUUACGUUUAUUGUAGCAGAUGCAGCAUUUUGCAUACAAACAACUAAUAAUACAGCUUCUGAGAUGUGCCAGUGCUCUGUAAAGCAUAAAUCUUAGUAGUUAAGUGAUAUUUUUUAAAUAGUAAGGCAAAUUAUUAUGAUAAGGAUAAUGUGUGCAGCUAGUAAAAGCUUUGUUUUCUAAUGCUCCAAGUUCUUUUUUCUGCUUAAAUUACAGAAUGUAAACCUCUAAAGCAUUAAUGUCCAUUUAAGGCAUAUAAAGUGUUAAGUCUGUAUUUUGUAUUGUAUCCUAACAAUGUGGACAACUAUAAAUAAUGGAAUGAAAUCUG